AACAAUUACAGGAAAUACCUGAUAUUUUUACCUGCAAGGUCACCCAGGAGUGAUCCGUCUCUGAGCCCCCGAUCAUCCACCACUCCGACCUUCACCUACCAUGGGCUGUGCCAUCCUGACUGCCACCCUUCUCCUCCUCAUACAAUACGGCAAUGCAGAAAAUCAGACUAUAACCGUACUGACUGGAGAUACCAUCAACCUGAGUCUUUCCUAUAGCUCAAAUUCCACACUGAUAAUAUGGAAAUAUAACAAUAGCAUUUUAAUGGCUAUAUGGACGAUUGGAACUGGAACGGAGUGGAUUGCUGACAAUUACAAAAGCCGUCUGACACUACAGGAAAAACAGUUAUCUAUUACCAAUUCUGCCACAAAAGACUCCGGAGAAUACAUGGCCACAGUUACUGAUACGUCUGGUAUUUCUAGACCUUUUAAUUUCAACGUGGAUGUCAGAGAGAGAGUCCUGAAAAUCCAAAGUAAUGACACUGGCAUAUAUGGAACGGGGGCAAACAUCAGUCUAUCCAUCUGGUAUGAUGGUAAAAACCCAUCAGAAAGAGUUUGGUUUUAUAACGGUAAUCCGUUGGUCAUUAGAACAAAUAGCAUUAACUUUGAUUCUGACAGCAUUAUAAGACGAAUGGUCAUCGGAGAAAAAGGAUCUCUGCUAAUUUAUAACACCACCAAAGAUGAUGCAGGAACCUAUUCUAUCAAUGUGACAGCAGAAACAACAAUAAUAACUAAUACUACUACUAUUGUCUCCGGCUCACAGAGAUUUCAGGUGAAAUUCUAUGAUCCGGUGGGGAUUGUUACAGUGAAACAGUUGCCCCAGGUGGUGAGCGAGAACACCUUUGCGGUAAAUCUAAGCUGUAGCGCCUCUAGUGGUUACAAUGAGGCAGUGACAUGGAUGGAGGAUGGAAAGUCAAUAACUAAUAACAGGAGUUACAAUCUAUUGGAUGGGAAUCAGACCCUCCAGAUAACGCAACCCAACAGGACGUUCAGUGGAAACUAUAGCUGUAAUAUAUCCAAUGCAGUGUACUGGAAUUUGGGGUCCCUCCUGCUACGUGUCUAUGAUCCGGUGGGGAAUGUUACAGUGAAACAGUCACCCCAGGUGGUGAGCGAGAACACCUCUGCUGUAAAUCUAAGCUGUAGCGCCUCUAGUGGUUACAAUGAGACAGUGACAUGGAUGAAGGAUGGGCAGUCUAUAACUAACAACAGAAUUUACAAUCUUUUGGAUGGGAAUCAGACUCUCCAGAUAACGCAACCCAACAGGACGUUCAGUGGAAACUAUAGCUGCACUGUAUCCAACGCAGUGUACUGGAGUUCGGGGUCCCUCCAGCUCCGUGUCUAUGACCCGGUGGUGAAUGUUACAGUGAUGCAGUCACCCCAGAAGGUGAAUGAGGGUGCGGCCUUUGUAAAUCUAAGCUGUAGCGCCUCUAGUGGCUAUACAGAAAUGGUGACAUGGAUGAAGGAUGGGCAAUCUGUGAUCAGCAAAAAUGCCUACAGUCUAUUAGAUGGGAAUCGGACUCUCCAGAUAACGCGACCCAACAGGACGUUCAAUGGACUCUAUACCUGCAACAUAUCCAACGCGGCCUACUGGGGUUCUGGGUCUCUAGGUCUCACCAUCUCUUAUGCCACACUCUGUGCCACCAGCACCUAUAGCAUGGUAAUAAUUACUCUACUGGGAGGAAUUCUGCUUGCCCACUGAUUGUUUGCCCUGGAAAUAGCCUAUGAUGGCAGACAGGUUUCUGGAAAAUCUUUUGUGCACUGAAUAAACCAGAGAAGAGGAGCGCCUACCUGACAAUGCUAUCCUGAUCACCACUGCUUCCUGCCUGAGCCUCUAUUAGCUACCAACUGCACAUGCCUCUGUGUCCAACCCUUAAAGGAUUAUUUUACCUCCAAUCAGACCAUUUAUCUGCCCCUAAUCUACGCUGCAUUCUAGUGGAGCGAUCUUUGUAACAACUCAGUCCACCUGCCUCUGUGUGACUGAGUCUCAUGAACCUCCGCCAGGCUUUGCCACAAUGUCGGUUCCUUUUGAGGGAUCUUAAAUUUUUCCUCAUGUUCACCAGGACAGAAAGUGGUGGAAAAAUACUAAGUCUUAGGGCCCAUGUGCACUUAUCUGUGUUUGUGCCAGGUGUCAAUCUGAAUCGAAUCGCAAAAAACAAAACAAAAAAAAAACACGUCAACUCACAUUGCUGCACCUUGUGAUGAGUUUCCAUUGGCUUAAAUAGCAAAGAGCGUGUCAAUAAAUCAGAUGGGUGUGAAUGGCAAGGGGAGAGGGGAACUUUUCCAAUAGGGAUGCCUGUUCUGGAGAAAAUUGAGAGAGAGUGGAGAUAUCCCCCUUUGGAGAAAGGGAGAUCCUCCUU